AUGAAUAGUGAACUGAUUAUCUUCUUGUUAGAAGGUGGUCAGCUGGCUGAAAAGCAUAAGCUAAAUGUCAAAGGUAAAUUAUCUAUUCUACACCUUGAGAGGGUGGAAAAUCCAGUGGAUACCAAAGAAGCCACUGUUGCUCAGAAAGAAAAUCUCCAUCAUUUGACCUUGAAUUGGAGAAAAUAUGGUGAAUCUGAAUCACAAGAACAUGCUGAACAGGCACUUGAAUCUCUUGAACCUCAUCCAAAUCCUAAGCAGUUGAAGAUAGAAGGAUAUAAAAAUCUUCCGCCACCAGGGAUGUUACAUGCCUUAAGGAAUCUAACAUUUUCUAGAAUUAACAAAGUGGAGUACGUAGAGAAAGAAUAUCAUUGUGGAGGGGCACUGAGAAGAUUUCCAUCCCUGCAAACACUCAAAAUUGAACAUUUGCCAAGGCUGGAAAGGUUUUCAGAAGAUAACGAAAGAGAAUUGCUCCCAAAUCUCACUAAGUUGACAGUCUCUGAUUGCUACAAAUUAUCAUCGCUGCCAUUGUCACUUGUUUCACUUAGAAAGCUAGAUACAAAGCAUUGCAAUGAGGAUUUAUUGGAUUCAGUUUCAUAUCUUAGCACCCUCACUUCCCUUGUGCUAGGAUACUUGGAUGAGGUGACAUCCUUUCCGCAUAGGAUGCUGCAAAACCUUGCUGCUCAUCAAAAAUCACAAAUUCUAUACCUCAGUUCCCUCCAACGGCUGAUGAUUAGUCAAUUCCUUGAGCUGGCUGCUUUGCCAGAUACUGUUGAACACCUUAUCUCCCUCAAGGAUUUGUGCUUAGAUGGGCUUGACAAGUUAAGAAUCUUGCCUAUGUCGGCAUGGUUCGCUUCAGUGCACUGCAGUAUCUAA